GGGGCGGGUCCUGAGUCGGGGGGCGGUGGAAGUGGUUGCUGACGAAGAUGGCGACUGAGGCGCGGAGUGAAGGGGAGGUGCCAGCCCUGGACUCUGGCCGGAGUGAUGCCAUCUGUAAUUUUAUCAUCUGCAAUGAUUCUUCCCUUCGAGGUCAACCCAUUAUCUUCAAUCCUGACUUUUUUGUSGAGAAACUUCGACAUGAGAAACCUGAGGUGUUUACGGAGUUGGUGGUCAGCAAUAUCACAAGGCUUAUUGAUUUACCUGGAACGGAGUUGGCUCAGCUGAUGGGGGAAGUGGACCUUAAGUUGCCUGGUGGGGCCGGCCCAGCAUCAGGAUUUUUCCGGUCUCUAAUGUCUCUCAAGCGGAAGGAAAAAGGAGUGGUAUUUGGAUCCCCACUGACAGAGGAAGGCAUUGCCCAGAUAUACCAACUGAUUGAAUAUCUGCACAAAAACUUGCGAGUAGAGGGAUUGUUUAGAGUACCAGGCAAUAGUGUCCGACAGCAGGUUUUAAGGGAUGCUCUCAAUAAUGGAACUGAUAUUGACUUGGAAUCAGGGGAAUUUCAUUCAAAUGAUGUUGCCACUUUGCUGAAGAUGUUUCUAGGAGAGUUACCAGAGCCCCUGUUGACCCAUAAACAUUUCCAUGCACACCUCAAAAUUGCUGAUUUGAUGCAGUUUGAUGAUAAAGGAAACAAGACCAAUAUACCAGAUAAAGAGCGGCAGAUUGAGGCUCUUCAGUUGCUCUUCCUCAUUCUUCCCCCACCCAAUCGUAAUUUACUGAAGUUAUUGCUUGAUCUCCUGUACCAGACAGCGAAGAAGCAAGACAAGAAUAAGAUGUCUGCCUAUAACCUUGCCCUUAUGUUUGCACCCCAUGUCCUAUGGCCAAAAAAUGUCACUGCAAAUGACCUUCAGGAAAAUAUCWCGAAGUUAAACAAUGGGAUGGCUUUUAUGAUAAAACACUCCCAGAAACUUUUUAAGGCUCCUGCUUACAUUCGGGAAUGUGCAAGAUUACACUAUUUGGGCUCCAGAACCCAUGCAUCAAAGGAUGACCUUGAUCUGACAGCUUCAUGCCAUGCUAAGUCCUUUCAGCUGGCAAAAUCUCAGAAACGGAACCGGGUAGAUUGCAGCUCUCACCAGGAGGAGACCCAGCAGCGAACAGAAGAGGCACUGAGAGAGCUCUUCCAGCACGUUCACAGUAUGCCAGAGUCCGCAAAGAAGAAACAGCUUAUUAGACAGUUUCAAAAGCAGUCUUUGACUCAGACACCAGGGCGAGAACCUUCCACUCCCCGGGUACAGAAGAGGGCCCGUUCUCGCUCCUUCAGUGGGCUUAUUAAGCGAAAAGUCCUGGGAAAUCAGAUGAUGUCAGAAAAGAAAAACAAGUACCCUUCGAGAGAAUCUGUGGCUGUGGAUGAAUUGAAGAGAGACAGCAAAGAGAACCUAAACUUAGUAUUUUCUGGCUCUCCAGCUAUUAUGAUGACUCCAACAAAAUUGAAAUGGUCUGAGGGAAAGAAAGAGGGGAAAAAAGGAUUCCUCUGAAGAAUCUCCAGUCAUCCACCCAGAAUUUUCUCUUUAGUGGGCCAGUUUCUUUUUUGUUUUUUAAUGCACACAAUGAAGCUGGACUUGCAGCUAGCUUGCUGCAUUUUGAAUUGAGAAAGCCAACUAACACUGUGACCUGACUGACACUCUAAUCCUACUCACUGGAUGAUGCUGGCAAGCUGUGCCUCCUGAGGGAGCAAGCUGUUCUCCCUUGCUUUCUCUUUUUAACAUUAUGGGGAAACCACUAACCAGCCACCUGGCUUAUACAGUGUAGCAAAUGAACAGAAUCAGGUGGUGUGUUUAGGCAGGUUCUGUUUUAAAAGACCUGAAAUUUGUGCUCGACUAUCAGUGAUUUUUUUUUUUUUUUUAAAUUCUAGAGGAUUGAUGUUAUUUUAACUGGGGCUUUACUCUGUUUGACAGUGUUGGGGGAUAGUUGUUUGUUAUUUACUUAUUUGUUGUUUGUUUAUUUCUUUGCCUUAAAAGCCAUUUUUUUGGAGGGGAGGGGCAUUUGUUACCUAAAUGGGCUCUUGAUAACCCAAAAGCCUUUCGGUCUUUUUCAGCUUGAGCUUUGGGAUAGCUCUUUAACUCAGGAUGCUAUAUUCCUCAGUAUCUUAUUUGUGUUCAAAGAAUAUAUAGCUUUUUUGGAAACUUCUUAUUAUUCUUGAGUCUAAGAUUGUAAGCAGAAUUCAGAACAACACUGUAUUUUAACAGAUUUCAAUUUUAAACUGUUUUCCCUCCCCCACUCCCUCCCUUCUCUCUCUUUCCUUUCCUUCCCAUUUCUUCAGUGAUGCAAAAAUAAUUGUGUAGUUGCUGAGGUUGUCCCCUUCAUUCAGCAUCCUCUCACCUAAAACAUGUCUGGUGCCAAUGGAAUACUUCUGAAUCAAAUUCUUGUGACUCAAGAGAAGUCACUGACCUUCCUAGAGGUGUGUUGAAUCAUUGUAUGCAGUGGGAAGCUCUAGAGUGCACCUAGGAGGGGCUGGCUGGCUGCAGGUGGAGUCCUGUUGACCUUCCCAGGGACCAGGUGUGCAGCUAGAUUUUUCUGAGAGCAAGUUGGAAUCAGAAGAAAGGAGUGAGCAGCAGUCUCUGUAGAGCCUAUAGGAUUUAAAGAAGAGACUGUUCUUAUUUGGAAGCAGUUGUGGCUUUUCCCCAGUCCUCAAGAGCAGAUGCUGUACUUCUCCUCUCCUUAUCAAAGGGGCCAUGGGGAGAAAUUUGGAGAUGGGGCUGGAACUUUUGCCUUUUGGGUCGUGUAUGUUCACAUAUGUUUGAGGUGAGCAAUGACAUGACUUUAGUCUUGUAUGAAAUAUUAACUGUCUGGCAAACAGCAUGUGGCAGGUGAGAAUGUUCAGGUGUGUGCCUGACUGUGUUAAGCUACAUAACCAUCCCCACCCUGUGUGCUGGACCCAUGUCAGGCCACUGUAGGGAAGCAGAUGCCCAGCAAAAUAUGGUUUGCUGACCUACUUUUACAUGAUUGAAAAUGCUACAUUAUUGCCRAAACAAAAGAUGAUUCUGGGCAGCAGAGUUUGGCUUUGUGUCUGACUCUUGGUCCUCUCUUCCAUACUAAACUGUUUCUUUUGCUGUUGUAACAGYCAUAGUGAAGAAAGUGUAUAAUUCGGCCUUUAGUACUAAUAGACUUAAGGACAGUAGAUGUGUGGGAGUAUUAACCCAUUAAAAGCCCCUUUCUCUGGGGCAGUUUUAGGUCAUUGUUAAAAAUAUUAGCAAAUUCAACUGUAUAGGUUUCUAUUUGACUUCUUUUCUUAAA